UCUCCGAAGCCUCAGUUGGCCCUCAGCACGCGUAGAGAGAGGAGGGUUAUAAUUUCCUCAGUGUUCACCGCCACGCUUUCUCGCUCAACUCCAAACAUAAAAGUUUACUACUUUACAUUUUUAAACGUAUUCUAACCCAACAAAUAUUGACUUGUAUCGCUGAUUGUUCCAAAGUUUUCCUUUAAAACUAAACAUUCCGGGACAUUGUAAGAUGUAAUUUUGUACGUAAGACAAUUGCCUGGUGGUGUUACAUGCGAGUGUUGUGGCUCAUACACACAUUAAUAUCUGUAAAUAAGAAAAAACUCACUGAAAAUCCUUCUAAAAAACAUCCAUGAAUAUAUGAAUGAGAUAACUACAAGCUAAAAUGAACUGACGCCAAGAAUAAAAACUUAAGAGUAAAACAGGUUGCGUCACACCUGUCAUACCCCCUCCAUGAUGACCGGGUACCCAAGCAGCCCGCUACAGCACCUUGACGAUACUUUUGAACAUACUCCCAAGAGAACCAUUUAGAAAGCCGAACGAUAAUUAAUUUACAUACAGAUUGAUAAUGGAUUCUGGAGUCUGACGUAAGAACUGAUGCCAUAAGGUCGUGUACUACGUAUCAAUCAAGUUCACAGGAUUCUCAAGUGAUCUGAGAAUAAUUACUAGUUCUGUACAUCCUCUACUAUCCCACUUCAUGGAGCCGGGUGCGGGCGUGCCGUCGCAGGAUGUUGGCGGAGGUAGCCGUGGGUGAGGGGCUGGAAGAGACCAAGGAGGAGAGCGGAGGAGUGUGUCAGCUGCUGUGUAACUGUGCCAAAAGCAUAAACUUCAGCAUGGCGGACACGCUGCUCACCGUGCUGUGUGAGAAGAAUGUGAACUGCACAGCCCUGGACAACCAGCCCGGGGCCACUAUCAUCUCACCUAUCCUACUCUCCCUCACCGGCGUCGCAGGACAAAUCUGGGCGCUCUACUACCUGUACACGACCACACGCCCAACACAUUCCCGCACCGUGUUCUUCGUCCUGCUGAGUACCCUCAUCUGGACCGACCUGGUGGGCAAGAUCAUCACAACAGGACCGGCUCUCGCAGCUUACGUCAAGGGCGAGUGGGUCGGAGGGCUUUCAAUGUGUAACUUCCACGCGUUCGCCAUGAUGCUGACCAGCUUGGUGACACAUCUCCUCGUGUCGACCAUGGCCGUGGAGAGAUUCAUUGGCAUCCGACACGGCUACUUCUACAACAAGAACAUCACCACGUCCAGGACCAAACUGCUGCUACUGGGCAUAUGGCUGUUCUCGGUGCUGUUCUGCGCGAUGCCGCUGUUCGGGGCGGGUCAGUACGCGAUGCAGUACCCGGGGUCGUGGUGUUUCGUCAACAUCCACGUCAACAGCACCUCGCCCAUCACCUACCGCAUCUACACCAACGUCUUCGGUAUCUUCACCAUCGCUAACCUACUCGUCAUGGUCGUGUGCAACAUCAUCGUCAUCAUUGUCUUACUGGAGAAAACCCUUUCUCGGAGAACUAACCUUUGUGAAGCCACCCUUCUGUGUCUCCGGCUAUGUCGUCACAGGUGCUCGGGGACCAGCUUCUGUGCACCUCACCGCACCUACAGACAGAGGGAGCUGGAGAUGCAAAUGGUCAUCGUCCUCCUCGUCAUCACCAUCGUUCUCCUCAUCUCCUGGACGCCACUUGAUAUACGACUCUUCCUGAACCAGCUGUGGCCACAUAGUACUCGGGCUGAACACAUGCAGGACCUGAUCGCCGUCCGUCUCACCUCCAUUAACCAGAUCGUCGACCCCUGGGCCUACAUCAUCUGCAGGAAGCUGUUCGCCACACGUGCCUGGAAGUGGAUGCGGUUCUCACUAAUGGGGUCGAGGCUCCUGGGACGUGAGAGCUCGUGUCAGAACCCCGGAGGCGGCUCACACAAGAAGCUGUCCAAGACGAUUAAACCCCCAGAGAAAAUCCAAUACAAGACGCCCUAUAAAGGUGCAGGUGAGGGCGACCCAGGUCUCAAGGAAGGUGUGGCGGUGGAGGCAGAAGGUGAUGGUAGAGGAGGAGGAGACGCCCUACCACCACCCUCACCCACCAAGGACACUGCCACUACCAACGGGGACCUGAAGCCUAAGAUCCCUGCCGCUGUGGCCAAAGAGGUCCUGGAGGCUAAAGAAGGCGACAUAGAGGCCAAGAUACAGUGUUUGGAGAUCUUCAAGGACUCGCCGACUAGUACUGGCUGCAGUGACAAUGUUAACUACGGCACGCCCCUACAUAGCGAGCCAGGUGUGGAGGCGCUGGCGGUGGUGCCAAUUCCAGUGUUUACAUGUGAGCAGUACCGGGUACACCACCUGCUGGGGGACCACCUUCACCCUUCAAGACUAAAGCGCAUCUCCUCCUCAGCCUCCGCCAGGGCCGCCUCCAGGUCUAGAAAGCCCAAACAUACCCUUGACCCGAAUGACAUCAACUCAGACAGCUGGGUGUCAGCGUUGUCAGUGCUGGGUCGUAGACACUCGUGGUCCUGUCUCCAGGACGCCCCCGAGGCCAAACAAUACCGCACCCAGAGUACCCAGACCUUCAAGCCUCAAACCAACCCUCACCAACACGGCCUCUGUCACGAAGGAGAUGAUGACUUUGCUUCUUGCCACCAACAUGAUGGCGACAACCUCUCCCACCACCAACAACCCCCCAGAACCCCCUCCCCUCAUCACACUCACCACCAUCACUACGUUCCGUAUUACCAGGAGUUGGUGCACGCUUCUUACCACCAGCACGUAGACGACUCUUGUCAUCUGGUGAACGAUGAUGCCGUUUCUUGCCACCAACCAGACGACCAUCACACUCCUUAUAACCAGAAUGACCACCACAGCCAUCAUGAUAAAGACGGGUUCACUCACCCUGGACAACCUCUCUUCAACGACCAGAGGAACUUGUCAUAUGACAAUGUCUCUCUCUAUCACAACCACAAAGACUUGUUAAACAAUGAAGCCGCUCUCUGCAAUGACAAGAGAAGACUCCUGAGCGAUCAUAUUUUUCCCUACAGUGACCAAAACGAUCUUUCUAAGCUAGAUAAUUAUAAAUUUAGCAGUGAGGGACACUGCCGUGACCUACAUACAGAGUGUCACCUUGGUCACUCAGCAGAUUUUGAGGGUAACACAGUGUUUAUCGUAGGUAACGGGAUCAGCCGCUGGAGAGAUGCGGCGGAGGAUCCUGGCAACAUUAAUAACGGGCUACUGAACACAAUAUACUCAAGAAACAAACCCAAAUAAAGGGAUUACGAAGACUGUGUUGGAGGUUCCAGUUAUGAAGCUGUGAAGCACUACAUGUAGCAGGAGUCGAAGCUUCAAUUUCGGUAGUGUUGUAAUUUAUACUGUGUACUGUAUAUAUGAAUACUCGAAACAAUGAAACUCAACAUUAAGUGUAAAAACAAUAAAACGGUUUCGAGCAGCGAACUGUACUGUAUGUAUAGAAGGUGUCAACAGUGAGGCAGUCGCUGAAACGGUGUUUAGGUUAAGCAAAAAUAACUUAAAUAGCAUUAAAACAAUCUUAAGUGAUCACUGAAGAAGAAAAUGCUCGACAAAAUAUACAACCAAUGAAACGGUUAUACAUCUAAGUGGUGAAACUGACACAAGUGGCCAGUACAAUGAUCUAUGGAUAGUUCAAAAUACUAAUAAGUCUUGGACAGAAUCAGUUAAUAGACUUGAACAAAAACACUAGUGAUAACUUUUAUUGGUAGUUGAAAACAUAAGUUAACCUUGAAAAGGGAUUUAGUACAGACACUUAAAGGAAGAAAGUGAAUGUUGUACAAAGUUUCAUGACAAUCAUCAAGUGGACAGUAUUACCACUUGUUGGUAGUUAAAGAUAAGAGUCAAUGUCAGAACAUGACACACUUUAACACACACCCAGUACAGUGGUCUGGGAGCUCAAGUGAUGUGAAUCUUGUUAAAGAACUCGCCAAAUAGUCCUUUAGAGAACCACACAACGGUCUCUGGUUAGUUCAAAACUUAUGUUUACCUCCAACAGAAUGUCAGGAGAUGGGCACAAUGUGAUGCCUCCAGCAACUAUUACUCGAGUCAUCAUCCAGGUUCUACUAAACAUUAACUAAGCUAAUGAUCUAUUUCAGUGUUUAUUUGAUAGUGAUUUCCAUUCCGACCAUAAGAGUGUCUGUUUAUCAGUGUGUUAGAGUUAACUGUCAUGUAAUAUAUUUAAUAUGUGUUAUAAUUCUGUGGACGAGAUGUAUUAUAUGUAAACUUUCUGUUCGGAGCAGCACAAACUAUAGAGACUAAUGGUGUGUGAGAGAGAAUUAAUACAACGAAGAAACAACGACUCAGUAACAUGAUGGUUCACAUAAAACCUGUCAUUGACUACAGACAAUCAACAUUAACGAGACACAACAACGUCAUCAAAUAUCCAAUAAUUAAUACCUUUAAAGCCUGUAUCAUCACACGUGUCACAUGUCAUAACAGUAAAUGUGUGUUUUAUACUCCAACUUGUGUGUAUAUGUGGAAGGUGGCGAGUGGACUGAAAGGUCAACUAUUUGUACUUACAAUAAAGAUACGAAAGAGUCAA